AGCCCGCGAUGCCCUGGGACCGCCGGGCGCGCCGGCCACGCUGCGGGGCAUGGUGAGCCCGGGACGGUCGCUCCCCGCGGGGACCCGGCGGGCGGCCUCGCUGCUCUGCCCCAGCCUCCUCCUUCUGCUGCUGCUGCUGCGGAGCACCGAGGCGCAGAAAGGUGACGGGUGUGGACACACUGUACUGGGCCCUGAGAGUGGGACCCUGGCCUCCAUAAACUACCCCCAGACCUCUCCCAACAGCACUGUGUGUGAGUGGGAAAUCCGUGUGAAGCCUGGGCAGCGAAUUCAGCUCAAGUUUGGUGAUUUUGAUAUUGAUGAUGCUGAUUCCUGUCAUUCCAGUUACCUGAGAGUUCAUAAUGGCAUUGGCCCCAACAGGACAGAAAUAGGAAAAUACUGUGGGUUUGGCUUUCAAAUGGAUGGUUUAAUUACUUCAAAAAGUAAUGAAGUCACAGUACAGUUCAUGAGUGGAAUUCACAGUUCUGGACGUGGAUUUCUUGCAGCUUAUUCAACCACUGACAAAUCAGACUUAAUUACCUGUUUAGACAAUGCAAGUCACUUUUCCGAACCAGAAUUCAAUAAGUAUUGUCCAGCUGGAUGUGUGAUUCCUUUUGCUGAUAUUUCAGGCACUGUUCCUCAUGGAUACAGAGAUUCAUCAUCACUUUGUAUGGCCGGUGUUCAUGCAGGUGUCAUGUCAAAUACUCUGGGUGGUCAAAUUAAUGUUGUAAUCAGCAAAGGCAUUCCGUACUAUGAAAGCUCCCUGGCUAACAAUGUCACCUCAAAAGUGGGACUCUUGUCUACGAGUCUCUUCACCUUUAAGACGAGUGGUUGCUAUGGGACACUGGGUAUGGAGUCUGGGGUGAUUCCUGAUUCCCACAUCACAUCAUCAUCGAUUCUUGAGUGGCCUAACCAAACAGGACAAGUAAACAUUUGGAAACCUGAAAAUGCCAGACUAAAAAGGCUUGGACCUUCUUGGGCUGCAUUUAUCAGUGAUGAACAUCAGUGGUUGCAGAUUGACUUGAAUAAAGAAAAGAAAAUAACAGGUAUUAUAACUACUGGAUCAACUUUAGCAGAGCACUACUAUUAUGUCUCAGCCUACAGAAUUUUAUACAGUGAUGAUGCACAGAAGUGGACAGUGUACAGAGAACCUGGCAUGGGUAAAGAUAAGAUAUUUCAAGGGAAUACUGAAUUGUACCAGGAAGUUCGCAAUAAUUUCAUUCCACCUAUUAUUGCACGUUUUUUUAGGAUUAACCCCUUAAAAUGGCACCAGAAAAUUGCAAUGAAAGUAGAAUUGCUAGGAUGUCAGUUUAGUAUAGGUCGUGCUCCUAAAAUCACCUUGCCAGCACCGCCUCAGAACAAGAAUGAUGAGAAGAAUGCUGACUUUGUGGAUGACUUCAUUCAUUCAGUGAAGACUUCACUGCAGACAGAUAAAACAACUUUCACACCUGAAGUAAAAAACACUACAGUGACUCCAAGUGUAACCAAAGAUGUGGCAUUGGCAGCAGUUCUGGUUCCGGUGCUGGUGAUGGUCUUCACUACUCUGAUUCUUAUCUUAGUUUGUGCGUGGCAUUGGAGAAACCGUAAGAAAACAACUGAGGACACAUAUGAUCUACCUUACUGGGAUCGUGCAGGAUGGUGGAAAGGGAUGAAGCAGUUUUUCCUGAUUAAAUCAGCAGAACAUGAAGAAACUCCUGUAUGCUACAGCAGCAGUGAAAUCAGUCACCUAAGACCAAGAGAAGUCCCAGCAAUGUUGCAAACCGAGUCUGCAGAAUAUGCUCAGCCUCUGGUAGGGGGAAUUGUGGGCACGCUUCACCAGAGAUCAACCUUCAAACCAGAGGAAGGAAAACAAACCAGUUACGCUGACUUGGACCCUUACAAUUCCCCCAUCCAAGAAGUUUACCACACCUAUGCCGAGCCACUGCCCGUAACCGGACCCGAGUAUGCGACUCCAAUAAUCAUGGACAUGUCCAGCCAUCCCAGCACAUCUCUUGGCGCUCCUUCCAUUUCCACCUUCAAAGCUGCAGGGAAUCAAGCUCCUCCACUGAUUGGAACGUGCAAUAAACUGUUAUCCAGGACAGACAGUGCAUCCUCAGCACAGGCAUUGUAUGAUAUACCAAAGGGGCAGCCGGGGCCAGGCAGUGCAGACCAACUCAUGUACCAGGUGCCACAGUGCAUGGCCCAUCCCACUGUGAGUAAGGAUGAACAAAAUUAGCUCAUGAGUAAGGUAGAAUGGUGGCUUGUUUCUAAAAGCCAGUUCCAUAAAGCUCACAGUUUCACUUUUUAAAUUCAAUUGUUUUGGUAUUGUUAGUCUUAAAUAAUACAACGUUGAACCAAAAGACGUGGUAUGGGAGGUCUGGGAAAACACUUAAUUCUGCUUUUCCUUAAGCUGCAUGUACAAUCAACAGCUUGUCUCCUGCAAAACCAUGGACUUUUUUAUUACUACUGUACAAUUGUUUGUCAGACAUGAGAGAACUCUUCAUGAUUAGCUCCAAUAAUUCAUAGAUGUGGGUGAUAAAUUAGGAAAAACAGUUUAAGUACAAAAGCCAGUUAUUUCUUCCUAAUGGUACUAUUUUUUUGGGGAAAAAGCCCCACCUCAAUACCCAAAGCUCUUAAUUGCUGUGCAAGCCCUACAGCUUCUAAAAUUCCUCUUUUCAUUGUAAAAUGUCUGCGCAACUUUGGACUUAACAAGCUGCUAUCAGGACUGAUGACAAAAAUCCCUUUAGCUUCGUGGCAUAAAAUAGUUUUGAUUUUGAAUUAUGUCAUUUCAGCUUUUGUUAACAGAAUUGGCAAUUUUCAGCUAGCUGCAUGUUCCUCAGAAGGUUCCUGCCUUUUUGGUUAGGUUAGUCUUCUAAAACUAGAAGCUGCUGUCUUGUAUAAUCUCUUUUCUGCCUCUUUGCCUUAAGCUACUAGGUCGUAUUUCUUCCUAGGGAUCCUAGGGAUAAAGCAAACUACCUGGGAACUGCUUUUUCAGUAUUCCCUAUGCUUAUGAGGGCCACUUGAAUAUCAUCUGUCUCCAAGUCAGACUUCCCUGCUGCUCAGUGCAAGAAGCAUUCAGGUCUUGAAGGUGACUUGAAUUGAGAAGGGCCCUGCCCUGCCCUCCCCCAGAGUGUCCAUUAUUCUGUGUUCAGGUGUGAGCUUAUACACAAAAAGAUCUGUACAUACUUUUUUGAGUGCUUAAGGAAGCACACAAAUGUUCUAAUGGUGCACAGUUUGUGUCAGACAUGCAUUUAGCACAUAUGGCAUGUUUUAGCACAGCUGCCAAAUUUAGCCUUAGGGCUUUUUUUACGACUGUUCUUAUUAGAAGCAUGAAAGAUUCCAAAACCUUUGCAAAUGAACGAGUACUAUUCCAAAGAGUGUCCAUUUCAAACUUACUCAUUGGAAUUUGUAUCCUUUGAAUGUUCCAGUGUUCUGUACUAUGAAAACAUUGCAGUCAGUCAUUUACUGGGGUAAUGUAGACUCAUUUUAGCUAGGUAAUCACAAAAUGAAAACAGUCUGAGUGGCAUAUUUGCCAUUUUUUAUCUUGUUAGAAAAAAAACAAAACAGCUUUCUUGCCUAAGCAGGAGAAAACCCCACUAUAAAAAUGCUGUAUUUUUAUUCUAACAGCACUAUUGGAAGGAUGCUGAAUCAACUCGAACAUGUGGAACCCCUCCCUACACACUAGCCCAGUUUUAUGGACUUCAGGGGUUACUGUUUGUUUGUGAUGCAAUUCAAAGCCUUGUUUACUGCCCAGGUCCUUAAAUGCUGUGGACAAUGUCUGAAUGGAAGCUGCGGUACUGUUCAUAGGGCUACCACCAUGUCUUAACACAGUACAGUAUCCUCACUCCUGAAAAUCUGUUUGCAGAGGGGUUGUAUAUAAACUCUGGAGUCAAAAAUCACUUGUGGCCUGUUCAGCAUCUCCAAUAUGAUAUUAUGUAGAAUCAUGGAAUGGUUGGGGUUGGAAGGGACCUUAAAAAUCAUCUGCUUCCAAUCCCCUACCAUGGGCAGGAACACCUUCCACUAGAUCAGAGCUCCAUUGAACCUGGCUUUGAGCACUUCCAGGGAUGGGGGUAUGCAUAAUUUCUUUGAGCAACCUGUUCCAGUGUCUCACCAUCUCACAGUAAAAAAUUUCUUUCAUCUAACCUAGACUUCCCCUCUUUCAAGUCUCCACUCAUUUCACCUUGUCCUGCCUCUGCAGUUCCUGACAAGGAGUCCCUCUCCAGCUUCCCUAUGGGUCCCUUCAGGUACUGGAAGGUUGUAAUGAGGUUUCCACACAAUCUCCUCUUCUCCAGGCUGAACAGCCCCAACCUUCCCAGCCUGUCUCCACAGGGAAGGUGUUCCUGUCCUCUUACCAACCUUGUGGCCUCCUCUGGACUUGCUCCAGCAGUUCCAUGUCCUUCUUAUAUUGGGGGCAUCAGAGCUGGAUGCAGCACUCCAAGUAGGGUCUCACCUGAGCAGAGGAGAAUCACUCACUCUUCUGGCCAUGCUCCUUUUGAUGCAGCCCAAGAUCCCCUUGGCUUUCUGGGCUGUGAGAGCACAUUACUGCUGGCUCAUGUUGAGUUUUUCAUCAACCAGCACCCCCCGUCCUUCUCUGCAGGGCUCCUCUCAGUCACUUCUCUGCCCGACCUGUCUGUGAGCCUGGGAUUGCCCUGACCCAGGUGUAGGACAAUACCUUCUUCAACUCGAGGAGCUGUCACCUCUCAGGGCUGUCCGGUCCUUCUGGAUGGCAUCCCUUCCCUCCAGCAUAUUGGCCGCACCUCACAGCUUGGUGCUGUGGGCAAACUCACUGAGGAUGUGCUCAUUCCCAAUGUCCCUGUCACCAAGAAAGAUGCUGAACAUUCUCAGUGCUACCGUAAAGCCCAGUUGUACAAUUUCUGAUCAUUCAUUCUCAUUAAUUGAGAAUGACAUUUUUUUAAUUAUUUGUUUUAGAGCUCGGUGUCUUAAGCUUAAAUGUGAAUGUAAGGAUGGUAAAUAAGACCCAUUUGUGAACAGCAAAUUGCUGACUGUGAUCGUACUUUUUUGUUACUGCAACUUUUUUUGACUGACAAAACAAGUCUGCAAUCUUUAAGUUUUGCUAAAAUAGGUAAGUACUGUUCCUAGCUAUCAGCAGCAACUAUGACUGAAAUUAUCUGAGCUGAUUUUAUUUCAAGGGGUGGGAAGUUCUUAGUUUCCACUAAGAUGCGAUAAUACAGCUGCAGGCAAGUUAACAAUCCUUUCCAUUCUGAACCUGUACCAGUUUAGGCAUAGAAAAAUUAAUCUAUCAUAAAAAUAAAUGGAUGUGUCCAAGUCAGUAUAAAUAACACAUCUGGAUUUGAUUUUUACUGCAGACCAGGAAUGGUAGAACUGUGGAUAGCUGAAGGAUGAGGUGGUGUAAGAAUUAUGCAGUUUCUCUACAGUGGGUUAUUUUUUAAGAAAACAUAUUGCAACUUUAUUAUCUGAGGAGCAUAAGCUGUUAAAGAAAUGGAAGUUUUUAAAAUUUAAGCCCAUUUUUGGAAGGAACUUGGUCCCAGGCUUUGCUCCUGCCUCAGACUUUAGACAUGUUAUCUGCUAGGGCUAAUAUACAUUUGAACAUGUAACAGUUGGGUUUAUCUUGCAUGGCACAUUAAGACUAGAAUUUCCCUGUGUACAAUAAAGAAAAGGUACAUUUCAUGGGUCUCUCUUAUAUGUGAAGACAUGUAUAUAGAAUGUAUUUCAAUUUUGUUUGGCUUGUGUAUUCUCCCAGAAUGUAUGUUCUUACCUCAGCAUGUAUUGUAGUUGCUCAGUAUUUGUAUAUGUUGCUAGGACUUAGACUGUAUAAAUAGUGAGGGGGGUUUAUAUGUUAAAAAGUAUUUUAAAUAAAUUGUACAUAUAUAUUA